GGCGAGCAUGCGCGACGGCGGCCGCUGCUAGUCACUCGCGGCGGGCUCGCUGACUCGCUGUUGGCUGCGCGGGCCUCGGGGUGGACGGCGGAGGGAGCCGGCAGGAGCAGCGGGACGCGCGGCGGCGGGUCAUACGCUGCAAGGCGCAGUUCAAGGUGCUGGCUGUCACCAUUAAAGCUGAAGCGGUUUGGACCCCAGUACCUGAAAGAUUGUAGCUCCCACAUGAUCGUGCCUGCUUGUUAUGGUCUUUGGGGCAGGCUCUGCUCUGCCUACUCAUGCUUACUGAGGCUCAGUUAGAAAGCAUAUGGGAAGGGGUGUUCCAUGUGGGGAGGAGAACACUCUAUGGCUCCAUCCAGGCAAGGUCCCUUUUUAGAGCUUUCCCAGCUGUGAAGGUGUGGAGGAGCCCGUAAUUCUGAGAGACGAUUCCUGUGUUGACUGUACAAGUGUUCUGAGGCUUGAAGGCCCGGUGGCUGAUUUGGACAGGAAGCUUCGUUGCCAUGUUUUGGAAUGUGGGUCCUCGGAGGCAUCUCUUGGUGUUGCUACUUGGUCUGCUGGGUUUUGCCUGCUGCAUGUGGGCAGGCACCGAAGCCUCAUCCCAGCCUCCCAUCACAGCGGCCUCCUUCCUGCAGGACCUCUUUCUCCGAUAUGGAGAGCAGGACAAGCUCACUUUGAAGCAGCUUAAGUUUCUGUUGAACAAGCUCAGUGUGGGAGUUGGACGGGACAACAUUAGUCGCACAGAGCAUCAGCAGCAGGAGCAGCACAAGAAUCUCUCAUGGUGUUUCAGUUCCUCGGAGCUCUUUGCCAUUCACAAUCUGAGUGAAGGGACCCCACUCGGCCAGAGUGAGUUCCAGGAGUUCUGCCCAGCUAUUGUGCAGCAGCUGGUGUCAGGGGCAUGCAAGUCAGAGAACCUGGAGAAUGAGGAAGAUGAGUGGACAGAGAAGGUGAAGCCUAGCUCAGCAGAAGUCUGGGGUUACGGUUUCCUCUGCGUGACCGUCAUUUCUCUCUGCUCCCUGGUCGGGGCCAGUGUGGUGCCAUUCAUGAAGAAGACCUUUUACAAGCGACUGCUCCUCUACUUCAUAGCUCUGGCGAUUGGAACUCUCUACUCCAACGCCCUUUUCCAGCUCAUUCCUGAGGCCUUUGGAUUCAAUCCACAGGAAGGUUCUUAUGUUUCCAAGUCUGCAGUGGUCUUCGGGGGCUUCUACCUGUUCUUUUUCACGGAGAAGAUACUGAAUAUGCUUCUCAAGCGGAAAGACCAGAACCAUCAUGGGCACAGCCACUAUAGCCCUGACUCCGGCCCUUCCAAGAAAGACCAGGAAGAGGGAGUCACUGAGAAACUUCAGAAUGGGGACUUGGACCAUAUGAUCCCUCACAGGAGCAGUGAUCUGGAGUGCAAGAACCCAUCUGUCGACGAGAAGAUCGUUGGCGCCUUGUCGGUUCAGGAUCUCCAGGCAUCUCAGAGUACAUGCUACUGGCUGAAGGGUGUGCGCUACUCUGACAUUGGCACCCUGGCCUGGAUGAUCACCCUGAGCGAUGGCCUACACAACUUCAUCGAUGGUUUGGCCAUUGGUGCCUCCUUCACUGUGUCAGUCUUUCAAGGGAUCAGCACCUCUGUGGCCAUUCUUUGUGAAGAAUUUCCCCAUGAGCUAGGUGACUUCGUUAUUCUCCUGAAUGCUGGUAUGACAAUCCAGCAAGCUCUCUUCUUCAACUUCAUCUCUGCUUGCUGCUGCUACCUGGGGCUAGGCUUUGGCAUACUGGCUGGCAGCCAUUUCUCUGCCAACUGGAUCUUUGCUCUAGCUGGUGGUAUGUUUCUCUACAUUGCACUGGCUGAUAUGUUCCCAGAGAUGAAUGAAGUCAGUCGAGAAGACGAAAGAAACGGCAGUGCUCUGAUUGCCUUUGCCAUCCAGAAUGCAGGACUGCUGACUGGAUUCACCAUCAUGGUGUUGCUCACCAUGUACUCGGGACAAAUCCAAAUUGGAUAGAGACAUGCUUCUUCCUGACGGCAGGAAUACAGAGACUGCAUAAAGCACUCGUGUCGCCAAGGAUACCAGGACAGGGACGCUUCCAUUAAAUCUGCUUCAUGGACCUCUGACUGACUGGCAGUGGCCAGUGAACUUCCUCACUGUAGAAUUAAGUGACCCAAGGACCUUUUCCUAGUGUAGCAGCUGCAUCCAUUUCCCUCCCUCCGUUGCCACCUAUCUGAUGGGCUCCAGGGAGAACAACUUUCCAAGUUGCCUUUUGCCCUCAUACGGGCCCCAGCCACAGGAGUUAAAAUGUUCACAUCUUUUUGCAGGGCUGGCAGUGGACUACAAUCCAUUUAUGCUACACCAGGUACGCCAGUGAGAGAGCUCAUCUCUACUCCAUCCCAUUCCUGCUCACAAGUGAUGAGAAUUGCAGAGGAGAGUAAUAUUUCAGGGUUUUAGAGAGAGCUGCAAUACUUAGUCAAUCGGUUAAGUUUGAUUAAAACUGUUAAUUGGGCUGGAGAUUUUUUAAAAAUGCAUAUUUCUAAUAACCAGAGAAUGUGCAAAUACCAUGGGUAGCUAGUGCCUUCUUAGGAGAAGUGUUCCUCCUUGCAUGUGUGCAAGAGGGGGGGAAAGUCUCUCAAGAUGGUACCUGUUUAAACAUGUGUGCAUAUAAUCUAUAAACAUACAAACAUGAUUUUCCUUCUAAACUACCACACAUGUUCAUACAAAAUUAAUAUGCAAGUUCAAUAGGCUGCUUAAUAUGACUAAUCAACCUAAGAUGUCUUUAAUCAGGUGGCAGCACUAGCUGUAAACCAUUUGGAUCAAAAGGUAACGAAUGAUGGUUUUAUACCAGGGCUGCUCAACUUCGACCUUCCUGCAAAUGUUGGCCUACAGCUCCCAGAAUCCAUGACUAUUGGCCACUGUGGCUGGGAAUUAUGGGAACUGUAGUCCAAAAACAGCUGGAGGGCCUACUUUGAACAGGCCUGUUAUAUACAUUUGGGAUGUUAUUUUGAGUCCUCCUUUUGGGUCUAUCCCAAAUUACAGAACUGUUUUAAGAGUAAGCAUAUUCCUUCAACACUGUGGGGCAAAAUCAGAAAUCUUAAUUUCUUCUGUCUUCCUUCAAAAGAUUCACACAGUUGCUGGCCCAGCCAGCUUCUUCAGUGUGAAUCUGGCCCAUGUGAAGUCGGCAUUAAGCAGUCCGGUUGCAUCUGCUGGCUGACUUGUGGAGGCCACAAAGCAUUCCAUGAAAACCAAGCCCAGAUUUGGGGAGGGGGCAGAUUUGUCUUGCAGAGAGGCUUACUCUAGGAUUAGACCUUCCCAGAGUCACUAGGUGAACUGAUGUAUUUAUUAUCAUAUUGAUAAUACUGAGCCCUUCAGCUGGGUGUGUAACAGACCUUCCACCUCACAUAAUUGCUUUAGGAAUUUGUGAGCGUGUGCAACUCUGCAGAAGGGAACCCACUUCCUUAGCAUAGAGUGGGCUUUCCUUAGUUUGGUUGCCAGAGUGUUUAAUCUCUUGUGGCAAUUUGUCUGUCUGAAUUGUUUUUGUCUUGGUGCAUAAGGGAACAAAUGUUGUCAUUCUCCCCACUAGUCUGGUGCAUAAGCCCGCUGAGUCACCUCCAUUAUAUUCUCCUAUUGUAAAGGUUUUACUGGAGUUAGAAGCCACUCCCACCAGUGCAGGCCCAAGAUAGUUCAGUGAAAAUCCAGAUGGCACCACUUCUCCUCUUACCACCCUCCCCGCUAUUAUCCAUGAGACCUACCAGGAAUUUCUCCUGUGCAAACCCCACUGAAAUUAAUAGGAGCCUUUAAUAAGGACCAACUUUCACUUUGUCACUUUUGACUCGUGGUAAGGCUGUUGCCUCCUUCCCACCUGCCAAUUAAAAGAAGCAGAAAGAUAUGAGUUGAGUACAACACAUCUUUCCUUGCUGUGAACUAGGCUGCUUGCCUCUCAAGGAAAAUAAUUUAUCCCACCCAGUAAUGGAUGGGCUACAUUAUAUUGGGCUUUACAAUUCUAGCCUGCAGGAAGCAGCAUUCUUGUUGUUCCUGUAGGGAGGCAUCUGUUGUGUUUCAUCCCUUUUUUAGGAGAAGGCUCUUGGGGUUCAGGCCCAGAUGGGUGGGGUGUGUGGGAGAGGGGAAAGGGUAUUGAUAUUAGCAAUGCCUAACUCAAGCUCUGGCCUCCUUUGAAUAAUAAUAAUAGUAUUAAAUUGUUAAAGUGUGGUAUUUUUCAUGACCUUUCAGUCCUGAGACUUGCAAAAUGUAGCUGGAAAGUUGAGGUUGAAAGUAGAAAGCACAAAGUACUUCAGGGAUGGUCUUUGUAGUGACAGCGUCUUCUCUUUGUGGUUUGAAGGCUCCAACUUGAAUUUUCCUAGCAGGUUGACCUCCAACAAAAUGGCACCAUUAGACGAUCCCUUGAUCAUGUAAUUGGCCCCAGAGUUACAAGGAUUGCGAUUUGCAUAUAGCAGAAAUGGUAGUGUUCCCUAUUAUGCUAUGACUUUCAUAACCAUUUUGAGUAAAGAGGUUUAAAAUAGAACUUGACAAUAUCUGCAUGAUCAAAUAGUCAUCUUUCUGUUGCCUUGACCAACCCAUCUUUAAAAGCCAUUAAUUCUGUUUUUGUUUAAUAAGUACCAUGAUCUUUCCAAUGAUGAGAUAUUGUCAUUUAUAAAACACCUUAUCUGUAUGACGAUCAUUCUAGAAAAAAAUACUUGGCCAUCAUUUUUUAGUUUGUCAGCCUGAAUUUGAAUGCCCUCAAACUUUCUGGUGGCGUUUCUUUGAAUGUCUUCAUCUGUGGCACAUUAAUAAACAUACAAAAAUAAGGUAAUCUUUGGUCCCUGGAAACAUCGGAACAGAAUAGCCUAUUGUCAGUUUCAUGGUUCCUCUUCUUUGACUGGAUUGACUAGGUAUGAUGUGUUCAUAACUUUAUCAGUCUUGGUGACUUUCAUUCAGGAAAGAGUCUUUAUUAACAAAUAAUCAAGGCCCAGCAGGUGUGGCAAAGUAAAGUGUGUCAAUCUACUCCAAAAACUGGGACUGUCUGUGAAAGUAGCUCUGCAACCAUCUACAUAAACUUUGUGUGCAGCCAUAUCCUAUGUUUACUCAGAAGUAAGUCAAACUAAUAAGUGGGGCUUAUUCGUAUGCUUAGGAUCACAGCCUUAAUAUAUAGGCUCUUGGAGCUUAAGGAGGCUGUGGGUGUUGCUCCACAUGUAGUUUAUUUAAAAGGGUGCACAGAGAAGUGAGGUACCAUCUCUCUAGCUUUUGCCAGGACAGUUAUCCUUUUAGGGAAAGGGUUUUUGAGGGGAGAAAGCAAAACUGACCAAACUAUGUUUUUAUCUGUAUUGCUUUUAAUGCAUCCAAUUUUUAGAUUCCAUCUCAGUAUUUGAAUAACUCAGGUGUUGUUGAAACAAAAAAUAUAACUUAUGUCAUGUGACUUGUAAAGUUAUUUGUAAAAUUCCAUAAAUAAACUAUAUUCUGUAAUGACA